CGCUACAAUUGAAAAUUUGUGAAAGAAAAAAAUCGUAAAUAUCCAUUAGUUACCGAAGUCUUAUCUCUGAAAUUCAACAUUUUAAGAAUUUUGUGUUUCACCAGUUUUUCUUCAGUUUCGAUAAUAAUUAAUAAAAAUAUGAAUCCCAAAUUCUCUUAACCAAUGAAGAUUUAGGGGUUUUUCCCUUCGCAAAAUUUCCAAUUGUAGCGAGACAUUUACAUCACCCUAUAUUUUAAAAACUUGGUUAUUCCUAUAAAACAUUAGAUACCGAUCUUCCCAAAAUAUCGGACUUGACCACUCCCGAAAAUUGGAACAAACUUAUCAACUACGUCACCUAUGAGAGGUUAUGGCACGUGGAGAAGCCACUCUGGGAGCUCCUCGUGAUGAACGAUGUUCUCACGAGGACUGAUUCCGGUAUGACGAUACUUAUCUGGCGAUGUAGUCACGUUUUAUGCGAUGGAUUAUCAGUGUUGAAAAUGGCGACGAAACUAUUCGAUUCUGAGGUCCCAAACGUCUUGCGACAUCAGAGAAGUUUGGACAGGUCACGGAUUAUUUCCAUGUGCAAAUCUCCGUACAAUUUUCUCUUGCAAAAUGCCGCUCUGGAAUCUAAUGAUACCCAGAUUCCUAGGCCCAUCAGAGAAGAUUUUACUCCGCAAGGAAACCUCGUCACCAAGACGUCCGUCCCGAUCGCAAUGACGUUCCUGAAAAGAAUUAAGGACGCGUAUCGUGUCGACAUUCAAACCAUCCUUUUAGCCGGAGUUGCGUCCGCGAUAAGAAAUCAUUACCGGGAAAUUGGCCACCCAAUUGAUUCCGAUGUCAAGACGGGUUUCAUACUUCCUCAAAGCGCCACGCAUCCGGGAGGAUUGGUCAAUAACGUGAGAAGCCCCACCAUUUUACUUCCCAUUGGUGAAAAUGAUUCUGUAAGAAGACUGCAGCUAAUUGCUGUACGGGUUAAAAUGUCACACUCGCCGUAUGUGCAAUUAAUUGGACAAUGUCUUAACCAACUUGUGGCGACAUUACCGCUCCGACUGGGUCGAAGUGUCGUAGAAAAAAUGCACACUUUACGACCCGUCGUGGUAAACAAUAUUGUUGGGCCACCCAAUAAAUUAUACUUAUUCGGCCAUCAAGUCUCCAUUAUUCAUGCCGGAGUCAAUAUUAAGGCGGCGGAAAAUCGAGGAUUUGCCUUCUAUUUUUGCUUUUAUACGUAUCAAGACAUCGGAAACCUGGAGGUGAGAGGAUUUGACGAAUAUUUUCCAGAUAUGAAUUUAGCCCCAGAUAAAUUUUUAGCUGAUUGUGUCUCAGAGUGGAAACAACUAUUUCGCUUCUGUGGCGGAUACCGUGGAAGGAAUAAAAUAAUUUAGAUAAUAAACCCCUUAAUUCUUCUCACAUUAAAUCGUUUAAAUAGCAUUUUAAAUUAUAAUUAUUUCCAAAUUUAGGCAUAUGUUUGUACUGAUUGCAUCUAAUUCUGUCCAGCAAGGAUUCACAUAUUUUUUUGUCUUUGUCAAGAUCCCUAACAGACUUUUUUUCUACAUAUGUACAUAUGUUACUCAAAUAUGAAAUCAAUGUUUUCGAAUAAAAUUAUUA